GAGCGAAUGAAUUGCACUAUUGCAUGCUGCGGACUCCGGAACAGGGGCAGAUUUCGGACCAAGUCAACAGGGGCGGAUUCUGGACGAGAGUGGCCGCCGCUAGCCACUAGCUGCAGACAGUUGCCUGAGCUCGAAAGUUGGCCGCCGGUGGGCCGGUGGUGGUAGAUACAACUCCCAAAAAUCAGUCCAUUCUGAAAUCUCUCAUUGGCUAUUGCUCAAGAAAUUGAGUGGGCACUGGAUAUGAUGAUUGGAAGAGAGUCCACCAGGGCAAGGAAUGCGUAUUUCUUCUUCAUACUGAUACAUCUUCUCAAUCUCCGCAUAAUAAGUGUAUGACAUGUGCUGAUUAUUUGAAGAGACCAUCUCAACAUAUUGAUAAAGUCAUUGAGAGGGUUAGCAAAGAAGAAGUUUUAAGAAAUCGAUUACGAUUAAAGACAUCAAUCAUGAUUGUUUGUGGCUACAUUGCAAGGUUGUGUUAAAGCUGGGAAUGUGAUUGAAAUCAUGAUUGUUUUGAGGGGUCACGAUGAGUCUGAAAAGUCUUAUAAUCCUGGGAAUGUGAUUGAAAUGAUAAAUUACACAGCUAAGUGGAAUGCUGAUGUUAAAGCUGUUGUAUUGAGUAAUGCUCAAAAAAAUGCAAAAUACACUUGCCCGGACAUCCAAAAAGAAAUUUUGUCCCUCUUGGCUAAAAGAGUUCGUUGCUUAAUCCGUGAGGAAAUUGGAGAUUCUUGCGUUUCUAUCCUUGUUGAUGAAGCAAAAGAUGAGUCAGAUCGAGAGCAAAUGGAAAUUAUCCAUAGAUUUGUGAGCAGUGAAGGAAAUUUAACUGAGCGUUUUUUUGCUAUUAAAGGCGUUUCAGAGACUUCUUCUGAAACACUUAAGCAUGAGAUCAUCACCAUCCUGUCUCAUUUUAAUCUUCAAGUUCACAAAUUACGCGGCUAAUGAUAUGAUGGUGCUAGCAACAUGUGUGGGCAAUGGAAUGGUUUGCAAGCAUUAUUUAUUAAUGAAUGUCCAUUUGCAUAUUAUGUACAUUGUUUUGCCCACAUGUUGCAAUUAACAUUGGUGGCUGCUGCAAAACAAUGUGAUCCUAUUUGGAAAUUCUUAUCUAUUUUGGACAAAGUCAUUAAUAUUGUGAAGUCUUCUACUAAGCGCAAUACUGAACUUCAAGUUGAGCAUUGAUUAGAAUUUGACGCUUUGUUGGAAAGUGGGGAGCGUCAAUUGGGAAGAGAGGCUCAUCAAAUGUCAACUUUACAAUGUUCAAGUACAACUCGUUGGGGCUCCCAUUAUGAUUCUGUUCUAAGUAUGCUUGAAUUGUAUAAUGCAACUUGUAAGGUGCUUGAAAAUAUUGCUUGUGAUGGAUCAAAUGCAAAGGCUCAGACUGAAGCAAAAGGAGCGUGCUCAAGUAUUCAAACUUUUAAUUUUGUCUUUGGUUUGCAUCUAAUAAGGGCCAUCAUAUUUUAUUUGUCAAGCAUUUCAAAAGCAAUUUGUUGACAUUUUAUCUGCGCUUGGAUAUGUUUCAACUGCCAAAGCUCUUCUUCAGGAUUUGAGAGAUAAAGGAUGGGACGAUAUAUUUAAGCAAGUAUAAGAUUUUUGCUUAAAAGAUAAAAUCAAUAUACCUCACAUGAAGAGCAAAAUGUGUCGCGGAAGAAAUGAGAUAGAUGUUGAGCAUUAUUACCAUUUUGAGUACUUCAUUCAGUCCAUCGAUUUCCAAGUUGCAGAAUUGAAUUCAAGGUUUAAUGAGACAUCAGUUAGACUUUUGCAACUUAGUGUGGCAUUGGACCCAAAAAAUUCUUUUGAAUCAUAUAACGCCGAUCAUAUAUACAAGCUUGAUGUGGAGCUUUAUCCAGAUGAUUUUGAGCCACACGAAAGAAAUGCUUUAAUGAGUGAGUUGACGUUGUAUCCUGCUCAUGUGGUCAAAGAUUCUCAAUUUCAAGUUUCCACUCUUGCAAAGUUAUGUGAAAUGCUGGUGAAAACAAGAAAGGCUGAGAACUUUAAAAUGAUUACAAGAUUGAUACGUCUUGUAUUAACAUUAUCAGUUUCUACUGCCACAACUAAGAGAGCAUUUUCGGCAAUGAAGCAUGUCAAGAAUGCAAUUCGAAACAAGAUGGCUGAUGAAUUUCUCGGUGAUAAUUUGACCAUUUUUAUUGAAAGAGAACUUGUUAGCACAAUAGAUAUAGAUUCUCUUAUCAACGAGUUUGCUAAAGUAAAGGAUCCCUGAGUCCAAUUAAUUUUGUAAACAUAAUGUAUUAUGGUUUUUGGAGUAACAACUUUUGUGAUAGACUUUAAUUAAUUUGAUUACUAUAUUUAUUACUUAA